AUGGACUCUGUUAUGACUAACGGCUCGGAUGGCCCCCCUGGGCCUCCUCCAGACCCCAUAGAGCGCCCCCCCAACACCUCCCCCCCCCUCCCCCCGAAGACUCGGGAGCUCCGCCGCCGCCGCCAGAUGCUUCCGCGCCUCCACCUCCUCCAGAUGACAUUCCUCCUCCCCCGCCCGCGGAAACAAAGAAGAAAAAGCAAGGUUGGGAAGAAGAAAGAGGCGGAUGCGGCUUCUGCGAAGCCCAAAUUCUUAUCCAAAGCUCAACGAGAAAAGCUUGCGCUGGAGAAGCGAGCAAAGGAAGUAGAGGCCGAGCGACAAGCGAAGAAGGCACCUACAACUGGCGUUGAUCGUAAUGGAUUCUCAACCGAGCCAGCUUCAUCAAAACCCGAGCAUAAAUACCCAGAACCAAGAGAUCCGAACGGAAAAGUACCCACUGGACCUCGUGCCAUGCGGGGCGAGCGUCCGUCUGGACCUGGACCCUCACGAAACGGACAACAAUCACGAGGGCAAGAUAAGGAAUCGGCGAAAUCAAGGAACACGAAGGCCGACAAGCGUCUUGCGGAAGAGGACGAGGCUGACGCACAAGCGUCUCUCGUCAAGAAACAAUACAUGGGAGUUGACCAAACCUCCACAUUCUCCGCCAAGAAGAAACGCAAGCGCACCACGGAUCGCAAGUUCAAUUUCGAGUGGAAUAUCGAGGAAGAUACAAGCGGCGAUUACAAUCCUCUUUACCAGCACCGACAUGAAGCCAACUUCUUCGGUAGAGGCCGACUGGCAGGAUUCGGAGAUGAUGUCGCAGAUGAUGUCGCACGCAAGUAUGCUGACGCCUUGGUAACUCGAGACCAGGAGUCGGGCAGCAUGCGCGCGAAGGAGAUCAUGGAGAUGGAACGUCGUCGUCGUGAGGAAGGUUCGCGUAGCCAGAUCGAUAAGCACUGGAGCGAGAAGAAGUUGGAGCUCAUGCGCGAGCGCGACUGGCGUAUUUUCAAAGAAGAUUUCAAUAUCGCUACUAAGGGCGGAAGCGUCCCCAACCCGAUGCGUUCUUGGGAAGAGAGUCACCUGCCAAAGCGCUUGCUGGAGCUUGUCGAUCGCGUUGGUUACAAGGAGCCAACUGCGAUUCAACGUGCCGCUAUUCCCAUCGCAAUGCAGUCGCGAGAUCUCAUCGGUGUGGCCGUCACUGGUUCCGGUAAAACAGCUGCAUUCCUGCUGCCACUUUUGGUAUACAUCUCAGAGCUACCACGGCUAGACGAGUUCGAGUGGCGCAAAAACGACGGCCCCUACGCAAUUGUUCUUGCUCCCACUCGUGAAUUGGCGCAACAAAUUGAAAUUGAAGCCAAAAAGUUCACCCAACCGCUUGGUUUCAACGUCGUCAGUAUCGUCGGUGGUCACUCAAUCGAAGAACAAGCAUUCAGCCUCCGCGAUGGCGCAGAAAUCAUCAUCGCCACCCCGGGUCGUCUAGUCGACUGCAUCGAGCGUCGCAUGCUCGUCCUCAGCCAGUGCUGCUACGUCAUCAUGGAUGAAGCAGAUCGCAUGAUCGAUCUCGGAUUCGAAGAACCCGUCAACAAGAUCCUGAGACGCCCUCCCCCCACCAUGCCCGCAGCCGUUGAGCGGAUCGCGCGCAAAUACCUCCGUCGGCCAGCAAUCAUCACUAUCGGUGGUAUCGGUGAAGCCGUCGACACAGUCGAACAGCGCGUCGAAAUGAUCCCCGGCGAAGACAAGCGCAAAAAGAGACUUGCGGAAAUUCUUUCCGCGGGAGACUUCCGUCCCCCAAUCAUCGUUUUCGUCAACAUCAAGCGAAACUGUGAUGCUAUCGCUCGUGAAAUCAAACACAUGGGCUUCUCGUCUGUUACCUUGCACGGUUCUAAGACGCAGGAUCAGCGUGAGGCUGCUCUUGCCUCUGUCCGUAAUGGUUCGACCGAUGUCCUUGUCGCUACUGAUCUGGCUGGUCGUGGUAUCGAUGUUCCCGACGUCUCGCUUGUCGUUAACUUUAACAUGGCUACCUCGAUUGAGAGCUACACUCACCGUAUCGGUCGUACUGGUCGUGCCGGUAAAAGUGGUGUUGCUAUUACAUUCCUGGGUAGCGAGGAUUCAGAUGUUAUGUACGAUCUCAAGCAAAUGCUCACGAAGUCGCCCAUCUCGCGCGUCCCUGAGGAAUUGCGCAAACAUGAGGCUGCGCAGUCUAAGCCGAAUCGUGGACAGGCAAAGAAAAUUGAGGAUAGUUCUGGGUUUGGUGGGAAGGGUGGCUGGGCGUGA